CAUAAAUCAGUGUGUUUGUUAACUGAUAAAAGUUUAAUUAUCAAUACACAGGACUUAUAAAAUAUUUAAGGUGAUCGCUUGCUUUGACACAUAACUCAACAAGUUCCGACGGCUAAAUAGUAAAUGACCAACAAACAACAGUAAGGAUGAAUAUUCAUCUGUUCUAUAUUGUGACAUGCUGCCUUCUACCGAUACACUUGGAUUCUUCUGACCGAUUGAAUUGUAGUUUCGAUUUUUGCCAUUCGCACGAUUCUUUUUGGUGGAAACACCAUGCAAGCUACUGCCUGCGCUGUUUGGACAGUUCAUCGGACAGAAUCUACCACUGUGCUCGAGAUUAUGAUAAUCCUGAGAUCUUCAAGGAAGGAUGUGCUAUUGAAAAAAAUUGUUUAGCAGGAGAAGAGCCACAUUUGAGCUUUAAAAGAAAUGGUCAAGAAAUAGAUGAUCCAGAUGUGUAUAGUGUGACCUGUUUUGAUAAUAACUUCUACAACAGUGUGAACAAAUCUUCUUCAACAUACUCUGAAUGUCCAGAUAAAAAAUGGAAUGAUUGUUCUGAAGGAACUCAUAAGAUCUUAUGCAAACCAGACGAUUCAAAAAAUGAACGUUUUUGUCGAUGUGAUGCAAGGAAAGGUUAUGUCCCUAUCAAUGUUCAAAGUUUUGAAAUGUGUAGUAUCAUUGACUAUAAAUGUAAAAAAAAAGAGUGUCCAAAAUUGCCAAGUGGAAAACCACAACAAAGGCUAUUAAAUUAUACAUGUGCUCCAUAUUGUGAAGAAGGCUAUGAUAGACUAAGAGAGGACUCGGAUGUAUGUGAACCUUUACCAACAAUGAAAACAGCAAUAGUCAUAAAACCAAACAGCUCUACAAAACCAUUAGUUCCAGUUGAAGCCCAAAUAUCCUGGAAAUUUGCCAGAAAGGUUGAUAUGCAAAUUGAAUAUGGGUCGUCAGGAGCCCAAUAUGAAAAAGACCUUGUAAACACUGUAAAUGUAAUAUUUUUAGUUGAAGUAUCCUUGAAAUUUGUUGCUAAUUUAGAUAUGGAACUGUAUGUUGAAGCACCACAAAGUGACAGAUCAGUUGUUGAUGGAAAUGCUACAGUGGAAGAUGAAAGGGUUCCCAGUCACAUGCUAUUUGUAUUUUUAAGUUAUAAAUUUUAA